CCCGCAGGCAGCUUCCGGCCGCCGGCCGCGCGGCUCCUCCUUUUCCCUCCUGAGCGGCCGCCAUGGUGUUCAAGCGCUUCGUCGAGAUUGGCAGAGUUGCUUUCAUUUCCUUUGGGCCACAUGCUGGCAAGCUGGUGGCCAUUGUGGAUGUUAUUGACCAAAAUAGGGCACUAGUUGAUGGCCCCUGCAGUGGUGUCAGAAGGCAGGCUAUGCCCUUCAAGUGCAUGCAGCUGACUGAUUUUGUUCUCAAAUUCCCACACAGUGCUCGUCAGAAGUGUGUGCGACGUGCCUGGGAAAAGGAAAACGUAAAUGAGAAAUGGGCUGCAACAAGAUGGGCAAAGAAGAUAGAAGCCCGAGAAAAGAAGGCCAAAAUGACUGACUUUGAUCGCUACAAGGUUAUGAAAGCGAAGAAAAUGAGAAACAGGAUCAUCAAGCAUGAAAUGAAGAAGCUCCAGAGGAUGUCUUCUAAAAAGGGCAAGAAGCCAGAGAAGUCAGAGAAGGCACCCAAGUCAGAAAAAGCACAGAAGUCAGAGAAGGCCCAGAAGGCUCAGAAAUAAAAUGACCUUCUAGUGAUGUAUGACUUUGUGUCCUUGUUCCAACUCUUUAAAAUUGGCAAAUGGUUAAACAUCAACUUUAAAUUGUAAUCAUAAUUUCACAUUUGUUUCUGACCAAGAA